UAGGGUUGCAAUUUACAUCUAUUAGUUUUAUCUUCAGUGUAGCAGUGAUGCAAUAUUCUUCUUCUUUAAACUGUCAUCGUCUUAUUCUUACAUUGAAAGACAAGGUGGAGCUGACAUCAUGAUCUUGGUCUUCCUUAGGUGUCUAUGGUGCAUUCUCCUCGCUUGUUAUGAUAGCAAUAAUGAAGAGUUUCAAAGCAUUUGUAAAGUAGGCACUGGACUCACUGAAGCAAUGCUUGAAGAACGUUCUGCCAGUCUCCUUACUAAAGUGAUACCCAAACCUAAGUCAUAUUAUAGGUAUUCUGAUUCAUUGAAUCCAGAUGUAUGGUUUGAUCCCUCAGAGGGUAUCUCUCUCCGCUUUCCAUGUCUAAUUCGUGUUCGGGGAGAUAAACCUCCAGAGCAAGCCAGAUCGUCUGAACAGGUAGCGGAGUUGUAUAAUGCUCAAGCCAUCAACCAUUCAAACAAUCAAAUUGACAACGGAGCCGAUGUCUUCUGAGUAAAGAAAGCAGCAGUCAUGUGAGUAUCUCAAUGUGAAUUUUUAAAGUUUAGGCCGAUAGAGUUUAAGCGUUACAUGAUGGAUUGCCGUUCUUGGGUGCUUUCACCCAUAGUCUGGUGCCAGAGGCUACAUAUAGAGGAGUCAAAACAUUGAGAAUUUUAUAUUGGGCUGCUCAUCAUUUAGGAUUUAAUUGUUUGUUACGAAACUCUCGAGUUCAUAUUGUGUGCAAACAUUGUUAACUCCGCCCAAUGAUGCGGUUGGGCCCACACUUACAUCAACGACCAGGAGUCAUUCUUGCACGCCUUGGCGACUGUCCCUAGCAUAUUUCUUUCAUAAUAGCAUAGGCACAGCUGUGUUGUGUGCUUGUCUACAUCCAUUUCAACACAUUGCGCCUAAAAAUACGAUUCCGCCAUGUUACUUGAGUACAUGGCUGCAUCAAAUCUUCAAACCCCCAAAAGAAGGGUAAUGUAAUGUAUAGAAUGGUCUAGAAGUCCUAGUUCUAAGAUGUAAUGAUAACAAAGGAGAAGAAGGGGAUGUGACAGAGAUGCUUCCAGUUUGAAGGGAUGGGAUUAGGAUUAAGAUUAGGGAGGUCUUGUCUUAAUCCUUUGAACCAUGAGCUGUUGGUCAAGAGGGUCAUUCUCAAACCAGUGAAUCUUCGAUUCCUUUAGCCUCUGCCGUGUUGAACAAGCAAUGAUUUUAGUCAGCCACCGCUUCAGGAUUUGGAUUGUUUUUCCUUUUGGUCCAAAUAUUCUAACUAGUUAUGGGUUUUUCACAUUUGCCUCCAGAAACUUUAACGUAUUUUGAGUUAUUAGUAGGGUUGGGCACGGUUCGGGCUGGCCGGUGAAAGUUUCAAGUCCCUUCAACUUCAGUACCAAUCUCCGGUGAAGAUUUCAAGUGCAUUAUCGAUGUGGAAUUGUUUGGUCCUUAAGUCUUCUCUGUUACUCAAAAUGUUAGCUUUUUCAACUUUUGUUAUAAGUGUGGUUGAUUGUCGACUGUUGAUACACGUUGUUAGUUUUUAUUUGUUAAAUGUGUACAAUCAAAAGAAAAUUUGAAACAGUCGCAUAAUUAUUGUUAUGUAUGUAUUAUUAUUGGUGGAUUUGAAAAGCCCAUGGAGUUACGUUUUCAAUUUGGAGGAUGACUCGAACGAUGGGCAAUAAAAUUGCAAUCACUCUGG